AUAUAGAAAUUAUUCGUAUUAGAUUGGAGUACUCGUUGUGCUCCUUCGUCGUUGAUUCGUAUCGAAUUGGAGUACUCGUUGUGCUCCUUCAUCGUAUAAUUUCGAUCUUAGAAGAUGAUUGCUUUAAACUUCACAAAACUCAUUGUUGAUGAAUUUUGUUGUUUGGUAUUGAAGCAAAAGUGGGCCCAUAAGAUAUCCCAAGAUGUUCUUUCUUCUUACAAAAUCAGAAUCUUAAUCUAUCUUUUGGGUUACUUGGUAUCUUUGUCAGGUCAUCAAAACUUAACUACUCCUAGCUAGAAUUUGCUCCAAUUCUUUCUUAUAUGAUAAAAACCCAAUUCAGAUCUUAAUUCAUGAUUUGGUUUUCCACAUUGGAAUUUUUGGUGUUUAUUUGGCAAGGGAUUUGAUUAGUCGUAGGUUGAGAAUAGUACAAUUUUUUUUUCCAAAACUCAACCACUUGUCAAUAUAACAAACAAGUUCAAAAACCAUAUUUUAAUUAAGCCACAAAAAAAAAUUAUCACUAGUAUUCCAAACUAUCUACUCCAUUAAACCAAAAACUAUAAGAAAAUAUUUCACCAAAAAUUUCUUUAAAAAAAACAACUGAGUCAAAUCUCAGAAAUUCAUCCGAUUAACGGUGAGUCUCAAAAAUUCAUCCGAAUAACGACAGAAUAUUCACUAUAGUAUUUACAUUGACAACAAAAUUCGAACUCGAGUUUUUAUAAAAACAUCUACCUCCAUACAACCACCAUAUAAUUUCUAUAUGCAUCUGUCAUAGUUGUCACAAGUAGCAACAUACAAACUAUGUAAAAUUAAAUUAAAUCAUAAAAGGUAAAGCUUUGAUGAUAUGCUUACACUAUAGAAUCAAUAAUUUAUAAUAUAAACAUUUUUCUACAUUAUUUGUCUGAACAAGCCAACCAAGUUGAAAAGGGACCAUUUUUCCUUGUAAGCCUCAAAGCCUAUAUAUAUAGAGAAACUUCACACAAACACUUCAUUCAACUUUCUCUCUCUCUAUCUCUCACCCUUCUUUCUCUAACUAGCUUUUCAUUCUUCUUCUCCUUAUAGAAAGCUAGUUAGAAUGGGUAUUGAGAUUGAACAAAAUCACCCUAUUGUUGAACUUUCAAGUAUUGCAACUUCUGAAACUCAUGGAGAAAAUUCUCCAUAUUUUGCUGGUUGGAAAGCUUAUGAUGAAGAUCCUUAUCAUGAAUUAACUAAUUCAUCUGGAGUUAUUCAAAUGGGUUUGGCAGAAAAUCAAGUGUCAUUUGAUUUACUUGAAAAAUAUUUAGAAGAAAACUCAGAUGCAUUGACAUGGGGAAAAGGAGGAUCUAGUUUCAGAGAAAAUGCAUUAUUUCAAGAUUAUCAUGGACUUAAGUCAUUCAGAAAAGCAAUGGCAAGUUUCAUGGAAAAAAUCAGAGGAAAUAAAGCAAAAUUUGAUUCUGAAAGAAUUGUCCUCACUGCUGGUGCAACUGCUGCAAAUGAACUCUUAACUUUCAUUCUUGCAAAUCCUGGAGAUGCUUUACUUGUUCCAACUCCAUACUAUCCUGGAUUUGAUAGAGAUUUAAGAUGGAGAACCGGUGUGAAUAUAGUUCCAAUCCAUUGUGAUAGUUCAAACAAUUUUCAAAUCACACUUGAAGCAUUAGAAUCUGCAUACAAAAAUUCAGAAGCAAUGAACAUGAAAGUAAAAGCUGUACUAAUAACCAACCCAUCAAAUCCAUUAGGCAUUGCGAUUCAACGAUCGGUUCUUGAGGACAUUCUCGAUUUCGUGACUCGUAAGAAUAUACACCUUGUCUCGGACGAAAUCUAUUCGGGCUCGGUUUUCUCUUCACACGAGUUCGUAAGCGUGGCUGAAAUUCUUGAGUCUCGUCAAUAUAGAGACGCGGAAAGAGUUCACAUUGUUUAUAGUCUUUCAAAAGAUCUCGGUCUACCUGGUUUUAGAGUCGGGACGAUAUAUUCGUACAACGAUAAAGUUGUUACGACAGCUCGAAGAAUGUCGAGUUUUACAUUGAUAUCUUCUCAGACUCAACAUCUUUUAGCAUCAAUGUUAUCGGAUGAAAAUUUUACGGAUAAUUAUAUUAAGAUAAACCGAGAAAGACUUAGAAAAAGAUACGAAAUGAUUAUUGAAGGUUUGAAAAGUGCUGGAAUCGAGUGUUUGAAAGGUAAUGCCGGGUUGUUUUGUUGGAUGAAUAUGAGUCCAAUGUUGGAAAAUAAUACAAGAGACGGUGAAUUGAAGCUUUGGAAUUCGAUUUUGAAUGAAGUUAAGCUUAAUAUUUCGCCAGGGUGUUCUUGUCAUUGUUCCGAACCGGGUUGGUUUAGAGUUUGUUUUGCAAAUAUGAGUGAACAAACCCUUGAAAUCGCACUUAAGAGAAUACGAGAUUUCAUGAAUAACAAGGACGUAAAGGAUAUUGAAACCUAAUUCACUAUAUAGUGUUUUUAAAGUCGAAUCUUCAAGAGAAUCGACUCAAGUCAGGUUGUCAGAGGUCAAAGGGAUAAGACAAAAAAAUAAGUCUUUUUUUCAAAUGGUUGAGACCAUUUUGGUAAAUUCUUUUGAAGCACAUAAUGUAAAGAUGAAUAUUGAAUUGAAGUGUAUGAAUCCCUUGUUUGCUUGCUUAAUUAAGUUAAGCAAGUUCCUUAGAAGUUAUAAUUAAUUAAUCCUUUGUACUAUUAUUUAUUUUUGUAAUAAAUAAAAUUUGUUACUAGUAUUAAAUUAUGAAUGAGUUAUUA